AUGUCGGCGCCACUUCUGAUGGUCAUCGGCGAGUUCCUGCCUGGACUGUUCGGUAUGGGUUUUGUAACGCUGCUCAAAGGCUUCGUACUUGUGUUCGAUGGCGGCGAUGUCUUCGUGUGUCUUCAGCCGCGUCUUCAGCUCUCGAAACUCUGUCUCGAAGACGGCGCGGCGCGGCGGAUGUUGGCAUGGCGAGACGUCGGCUGUGGAGUUGUGAGCUACCUCUCCUACCACGACAUCGGCGCCGGCAGUGUAAGGCUGAAUCAUGGCAAGAUGAAGGGAUGGCGCAAGAUGGAGGGAGGCAGCAAGACAAAGCAAACAUUCGAUCGAGGAGACGAGAGGCAUGGAUACGAAGCACAAUGA